CUCACAAGUUUGUCAGAACAUCAAACGGAGGCAUACGGAACAGUUGCCGCUUCAGUCAAGAAAUCAUUUUGCCCAGAAAACGUAUAUUUUUUGUAGAAAGGAGGCAAGAAGACGACGGAACACACACAUACACAUGGAAGUUAAUGCACAUGAAAUCAUUGAAACACAGUUUUGAAGAAGCAAAUAUUACAAGCAUAAUCGGGAUAUAUUUCCCGAUUUGAGAGUGUUUUGAAUAAGUUAUUAUAGAUUGUUUUUGUUGGUUCAUCUUGGAUUUGAGUGGAUUUCAUCGAUACCUUUUGCUAUCCAAAUCGAGUUCUAAUGUCGGACGAGGUACAUACACAAGACCGCAUGAAGUCCCAGAUGCAGGCGCAGGUGGAGAGCCCCAUCCAGAAGCUCUACCCGACGAUGAGCCAGAACCUGGAGCAGCUGGGUCACCAAUUGCAUGGCGUCUACCGCACGGGGGCAGAUCAGCGAUACGAGAGUUACGAGCCGUCGCCGUCGCUGGAGGAUGAUUUGGAGAUGCCGCUCAGGAGGCGCUCGGUAAACAUGGAAAGCUUUGUUGUGUGCUCGGAGGAAUCCGACUCCACUCUUGUGUUGGGGCACAAGGAGGAGGUGGAGGUGGAGAUGGAGGAGGAGGACGAGUGCAGCAGCCAGAACAAUGGCAUGAACGAGAACUCAUAUGAGUACCGCGAGGGUGGCUACCAUCCGGUAGCCGUGGGCGACAUCUUCCACAAUCGCUACUAUGCCAUCAGCAAGCUGGGCUGGGGCCAAUUCUCCACCGUCUGGCUGUGCUUCGACGCCCAACUGGAGCGCUACUGUGCCGUCAAGGUGGUCAAGUCGGGGGAUCAGUUCAUGGAAACUGCCCGCGAUGAGAUCCGCUUGCUCCGCGCCGUGGACGACUGCGACUGGCAUCCACUGCGCCACCGCCUCGUCGAGUUCCUCGACCAAUUCUACGUCACUGGCCCGCAUGGCAGACACCUCUGCCUGGUGUUCGAGGUCCUCGGCGACAAUCUGCUCACCCUCAUUCAGCGGUCGGGCUACCAGGGACUGCCCCUCUGGAACAUCAAGCAGAUAGCACUGCAGGUCCUCGAGGGCCUGUGCUUCCUACACGAGCAUUGCGAGAUCAUACACACCGACCUCAAGCCGGAGAACGUGCUGCUGGUGGCCGACGAUGUGGCGAUCCGUGGUCUGGCCAGCCAGGCAGCCACCGACUUCCUGGGGGUUCACUCCCAGAAGCAACAGCUGCACCGAACCAGACAUGGUCCUGGUUCUGUGCGUCAUAGCCAUCGCAGUGCCCAGGAUGAUCACGUCAAGCUGACCAAGACGGCAAAGCGGAAGAUGCGGGCACAAGCCAAGCGGAGCGUCACCUUUUUCCAGGAGCACCGCCAGUGGCUGCGCAAGCGGGCCAUCGAGGAUUUACUGGGUCUGGCGGCACAGGGACUCCUUCAGCCGAUGACCGCCGUUGAGGGCGUCACCGGCCAGCUGCCCUUCAUGCCAUUCUCCUUCGACGGCCUGGUCAUCCUCGAGGACAGCGAUCUGCGCGAUCUGGAGCUGGAGCUGGAGGAUGAUGAGUCCAUGUGGGAUAGGGACGAUGUGCCCGCCCCCGGAACGCUCACCCGUUCGUAUAGCCUUCCCAAUAUCCCACGCCGCCGCCAAUGGAAUUCGGCAUUGCCGGCGAAUCCCGUUAGGUCCUCCGCCUUGAGGCUCCUGUCCCAUAGUCCGGAGGAGUUCAUGCGAUUUGUGCAGGAGAAGGUCACGGAAUCGGAUCUGGCUGAACAAAAUCGCCACCAGCCGGGCAGGAAGCAGAAGGGUGCCAGGAAACACUCAAAAGGCACACGGAAGAAGUCAUCUUACUCGGCCAAGGCAGAAAAGCACAAGGACAACAGCAAGGAGCCCAAUUGGGGUAUCAUUGCCUCCAGGGACCCGGCCACCCAAGAUUGCGAGCUGAAGCUGAAAAUUGCGGACAUGGGCAAUGGGUGCUGGUUCGAUCGCCACUACACCGACGACAUCCAGACGCGGGAGUAUCGAUCGGUGGAGGUGAUCCUGGGCGCCGGCUACAACGAGACCGCGGACAUCUGGAGUGCCGCCUGCCUCUUUUGGGAGCUGGCCACCGGCAAGUAUCUGUUCGAUCCCCAGGUGAGGCGCGGAAGGGCCAGCCAGGAUGAGGUGCACAUUGCCAGCAUCAUUGAGACCUGCGGACCGAUUCCCUACAACCUGAUCGACGUGGGCGACUACUCGAUGGAAGUCUUCAAGCCCAGUGGCCAGCUGCGCAACAUCGCCCACCUGCAGCCGCGUUCGCUGGUCGAUGUCCUUGUGAAUCAACAUGGCUGGGCGCGCCUGGAGGCCAAGGACUUCGUGUCCUUCCUGGAGCCGAUGCUACAAACAGAUCCGCGCAAGCGCAUCUCCGCUUUGGACGCCCUUCGUCACCGUUGGUUGCACCAGCCUUUGCAUUGCCGGGACACCCCCGAUCCGAGGGCCAGCAUCCAAGUCCCGGAUGAAAGCCAUGCGUAAAAGCUCCGUUGAUCCGUUUUCGAUUGCCCCGAUUCAACGGGCCACACCCUUUACUUUAAAUGUGCACGCCCAUGUAGACACUCAAAUUCCAAUAAAUUGCGCAUUAAGUAA